UGAUGUUUAGAGCCUCGGAUUCCAAUAUAGGAAACGUUAAAAUGGGAAAGUCGGUAAUGAAAUUUCACUGGUGAAGUGCAACUUUUGGGGAAAAAUUUACAGCCCUCUCCCAUCCCAUUCCUCAUUCUUACUCGCUCCACUACGAACUGAGAAACCAUGAUCCUAAUUGGUUGAAGAGGCCAGAUUUCUACAUAUUCAUUCUCCCAAGUUAUGAUGAGAAAGAGAUCAUAGAUGAAGUUACUCGUUUCUUCAAAGAUCUUGCAGGUCUCCAGGUUUGAUAACUUCCAGGUAGUACCAAGCACAGGUUUCUAGGCUCCGUCUACAUUCCAGACAAGUUACCAAACACAGUAUUUUCUUGUAGAAGGAGCCAGAUCAUCCAGUAUCCUUGGGAUAAGGAACUUCCAGUUUCCAGAUGAUGACCAACUUCCAGUUGUCAAAAAGGCCCUUAGUGGCAUAAGAGUUAUGGAAGGACCUUUCACGUAAAACAAGAGGAGAGGAGAGGUGAGGGGAAGAAGCUUUCAUCCCCAAUACAUCAGACAAGGCAAGGAAUGAUGAACCUCCUCCUCAGGCAUCAUACUUUACUGUGCUCCACUCGCCAAUUCCUCUCAAAGCCCAUGCUUGUGUCCCCCCCAUUUUUCUCUUCAUCUUCUCUCAAUCUCAGAUGGUUUUCUUCUUCUGAGAAUGGGUCUCCUACAAAUGACCAACCACCUCCCCAAACCAGUGAGCCCCCAGCUCAAUUGGAAGCUCAUGACAGCAACUCAGUUAACCAGCUUCACCAAAAUGGCGACAUUGAGGCUAGUAAGGUUGACGUCAUCAACCAAUUGCAAGAUAUCAGCAAUGCAGAGCUUCACAAUAGGAUGCAAAAGUAUUUUAAGGGGGAUGAGGAGGCAUUGCCAUCGAUCUUUGAGGCCAUCCUCACAAGGAGGCUACUGGGGAAGCAUGAAGAGACGGAUGACGAGCUGAUGGAUGAGCUGCGGUUCGCUCCCCGUGAUGAUGUUCGUGACUCAGAGUUUGAGUCAGAUUUUGAUGAGAUCCAUGAGACAGAUGAUGAGCUUGACAACCUCUAUAACGCUAGGCAAUAUGUUGAGAAGAAGAUGAUGAAGGACGAGUUCUUCAACAUGGACUCUGAAAAAUGGGAUGAGAUGAUUAAGGAAGCCCAAGAGAAGGGAUUCCUCCAAGAUACUGGCAAAUGCGAAGAAAUCCUUGAGGACAUGCUCAGUUGGGACAAGCUUCUUCCUGCUGAAGUAAAACAAAAGGUGGAAGCUAAGUUCAAUGAGCUUGGUGAUAUGUGUGAAAGGGGAGAGAUUGAACCUGUUGAAGCCUAUAAGUUGUUCAAAGAGUUUGAGGAUGAGGUGGUGCAAGAAUAUGCAGAGAUAAUGGCAGCUGAGGAGCCACCAUUGGGUGAGGAAGAGGUAAAUGAAAAGGAUCGAAAAAGAAGUUUGGAUGACCCACCUGGUGAAGGCCCUGUCUUAAGAUGGCAAACACGUGUGGUCUUUGCUCCUGGUGGAGCUUGGCACCCCAAGAAUCGUAAAGUAAAGCUUUCUGUCACAGUGAAAGAGCUUGGGCUUUCAAAACAUGCUUAUCGUCGACUUAGAGAAAUUGUUGGCAAACGGUAUCAUCCAGGGAGGGAUGAGCUUACAAUCACCAGCGAGAGGUUUGAGCACAGGGAAGAGAACAGAAAGGACUGUCUGAGAACUUUGUAUGCACUCAUAGAUGAUGCACACAAAGCUGAUAAACUUGUCGAGGAUGCUCGAACUGGUUAUGUCAAGGAGCGACUAAGAGCUAACCCUGCAUUUAUGGAGAGGUUACACAGACACACUGCAUCACUGAGGGGGUCCCAUCCCGUUUCCUUGUAGUUUGAUUUUGCUUAGUGGCCAUGAGGAUCAUUUUCAAAAAAGAUCUGGUCUGGUUGUCUUGAUGACAGCCCUGGGAAUGAUUCUUUUAGAUCUUGAUGCUCUCUCUCUCUCUCUCUCUCUCUCUCGAUAUUGUGAGUUAUUGUGAAUGGUCGGCUUUAGACAUUCAUCAUACUCUGCUGAUUUUUUAAUAGAAAGAUCACAUAAUUUAUGAAUGGAAAAA